AACACAAGUCUAUUUUCCACCUUAGUAGUAAGAGAAAGAAUAGAGGUUGAAAUGAAGGUAGCUCCCAUCGUGGUGUUCUUGUUCAGAGAUACAGAGGGUUUCGCCUCCACCAUCUCACAAGCUUUUCGCCCCAAGCCUUCCUCCUCCUUCACGCGCCAAGAGGACUCCUUUGAGCUCUCCUUGGAGGCUUAUGGAAUCAAACACCUCAAAGCAUCUGGGAGCGUUUCUCACUUCGUUGAUGAUCACGGCGCUUACAAGGUGACAAUUGUGGCUAUGGAGCAUUAUGAGCCACCGGUACUAUCUUGUGCUCUUAAUGAGGUUCUUAAUAAAAUAACUGCAGAUAAAUCUUCCUUUGUACCUACACUUUUGGUACCAUUUUUGGUGGAAUCAUCCAAGGUUAAAGGGCACAGUAAAUCCCUAAGAUCAGAUGAAAUCAAACCUUUAAUAUUUGGUAUAAAGAUUGGUCAAAAUACAGACAUAAUGCAGGCAUUACUUAACAAAAUCCAGGAGCCACCAUCUUCUUUGCGGAUUCAACAUGAAACUUUUGCAUGUUUUCUUCACUUUGUUCGUGUAAUGCAGUUACCAACCUUUUUUCUAAUUGGACAAGCUAGUCAAUAUUUGGACAAUAAAUCCACCAAGCAGCAGGAGAUACUUCAUGCAAUAGGUGAGAUUUUGGCUAGCACUACAGAUCUGCAGUUUUCAGAAGACAGAGUGGUCUGGAAUCCAAAAAAGGCAUCAGGGGAAAGCAAGGAACCAUGGCGUGCAUUAUAUGGUUGAACCAUGGAUCAUUUUCAUGCUAACAUGGGUCUGGUUCUCAGACCCGUUGUUUUUCCUGUACUAACUGUUUCCUUAAGCAUUAUAAACUGCCCCCUUCUCCCCCUUAUUUUCUUUAUAUCUCAUUGAAGUAUCUUAGUACCGUGUAAUGUGUGUCGAUGGGAUGAAUGUUGCCAUAGCAUGUAGCUGCAAGUUCUUUGUGUACAUGUGGGCGUUAUUUUCAUUCACCUGUCCAAAAGCUUAGCUGAAUAGGUUUAACUGUUUAUGCUAUGCAUCACAUUGUAUACUCACUUUGUUACUUUGAUGCUGUUACAGCUUUUGAAGGGAGAUAAACAUGAGAACCAUGAGGUUUUAAAUUUUGUUUCUGUCAUAGAAACACUUUAAUGGUGAGGAUGAGAGUUUCUAGUGUC